CCACAGCCGAUGGGCUACGGUCACUCGCCUGCGACAACAGGCGGCGCAGCGCCAAACAUGGUCGCGCAUGUAGCUAGGCCUCCGGCGGGCGGUCAUCCUUUGUCGACUGUUUAUUCUUUCGUGCCGAUUCCCGGAGCGCAGCAACACAAGCGGCCUCGAAGGCGCUACGAGGAGAUCGAGCGCAUGUAUAAAUGCGGAUGGAACGGGUGCGAGAAAGCGUACGGCACGUUGAACCACUUGAAUGCGCACGUGACUAUGCAGUCGCACGGCCCGAAACGUACACCAGAGGAAUUCAAAGAGAUCCGCAAGGAAUGGAAGGCGAAGAAGAAGGAGGAGGAGAAUCAGCGUAAGCAAGACGAGGAACGCCAGCGCCAGGAAGCUGCUCGGAACGGUCAAGAUGCGGCUCAAGCCCAAGGUCCGCCACCACAGUACGCGCAGCAACACAUGAUGCCGCCACAAAUGGGAGGCCCUCAGCUGCCGCCUAUUGGGUAUCAGCAAGCUGCCGCCCAGCCCGGCCAGUACGCUCAGCCUCAGCAAGUCGAUGGUGCACCGCAAUACGCACCUCAGAGCCAGAUGUACGGUGGCCAAGGGUAUCCACAGAGUCCGUACGCUCCGGGUGGGUUGCAAUACCAGCAACACAAUGAGCAUCCUCCUCCCCCAGGAUACCAGCAACAGUAACUGGUCUUCGGCUCAACCGCUAAUGGAGUUGGACGCCACAUCGCACGGUAAAGUCUCUUCCGGUACUACAUUGUGGAGGCUCGAGCAAGGUCUGCAUCUGCGUGGAGCAUCGCAUUCUGGGUGGCAAGCGAUUUGAUUUGAUUUCCCAUUGUUGGAGUUUUCACAGCCGGUGUAUAUCCGCUCGCCGGCGGCAUAGCGAGCUACCGAUACGACGUGACGGCUGCGCACAUACAGAGACGCAUGUCUGACGGCCUGUCCGGUUCAUAUACCACAAGCGGCUCGGGACUGGCAGCGGAGGCGGAAGGAAGCUCCGAAGGGGUGGUCAAACUUAGGAGAGCUUUCUCUCAGCGAGUUUGGGCGCCAUUAUUGUAGCUAUUCGCACCCUUUUCCCGAUGCUCGUUGGUGUAGCCAGUACCACUGUAACUGUACGAUUAGGUACAAUCAUCUCACA